UUGGAAAGAGGCGAGAAAGCGCGGGCGCUGGGUUGCGAUAUUAUGUCGGGGGACGGUUAUCGGGACGGCAUUAUCGCGAUACUGUGUCCCGGGCGGAGAUGCGGCUCACCUUCGCGCGGCUAGUUAAUUACGCCGUUCUUUAACUUGCAAUUUUUGGAGACGAUGGAUUCCGCGCGAGGCUAUUUCCCAGGGAAAGGGCGGAAAACGCUUUUUCUGUAGGGGGGUUGGUGUGUUGGGAUCGGAUUUUUUUUUCUCCGGGGGGAAAAAAAAAAAAAAAGUUUGGGAAUGAAUCGCUAACUUUUAUCCAAGCCGCUUCACUCGAUUACAUUCUUCGCCCUAUUUUUCUCUCCUCCGUGGAGACCGUUGUAUGCUGGAGUCAAGCCCCGCUAAAAAACAAUGGACUAAACCAGACCAGACGGUUUCUUCGGAGGUGAAUCUCACGCGAGCUCGUGGACAUUUGCUGGAGUGACCGUGCGGCUCGGGGCGAUCUCCCCCCUUCCCCCCCCAAAAAAAAUCGCGAGCUAACCGGCGGUGGAAAUCCAGCUCGAAACUUUUUAAUUCAAUGGAGCUUCCCCCUCCGCGGUCCCUCCCGGAGCCCGGGUCGGAAGAGCGCCCCCCGCCGAGGCCAGGCCCCAGACCCGCCUCCGCCGAGAGGUCCCAGCCGGCACCCACCCCCCCGCCGCCGCCGCCGCCGCCGCCGCCGCCCUCCGCCGCCGCCUCGUCCUCCGUCCGCACCUCCAGCCCCACCAUUCAGCGCGCAAGAUACCCGCCAGAUAUGCCCUGUGUGCAAGCGCAGUAUAGUCCUUCACCGCCCGGUUCCAAUUAUGCAGCUCAGACCUACGCGUAUGGCUCGGAGUACAGCUCGGAGAUCAUGAACCCUGACUAUGCCAAGCUGACCAUGGACCUGAGCAGUACCGAAAUCACCGCCACCGCCACCACCUCCCUUCCCAGCUUCAGCACCUUUAUGGAGGGUUACUCGGGCAGCUACGAGCUCAAGCCUUCCUGCCUCUACCAAAUGCAAUCUGCCUCCUCCAGCCAGAGGCCCCUCAUAAAGAUGGAAGACACCCGGCUCUCCCCGUACCAGCCCUCACUGCCGCCCUCCACGGACGAGGGCAUGCCCAGCACUUCCAUGUACUUCAAGCAAUCUCCGCCCUCCACGCCCACCACGCCCGGCUUCCCCUCUCACCAGAGCCUGUGGGACGAGCCCCCGCUGCAGCCCACCCAGACCUGCCUGCCCCCCGGCCACCUGAUGGACGCCGCCCCCAUGAAGACCGUGCCUCCACGCUUCCCCCUCUUCCACUUCAAGCACUCGCCCCCCCACACGCCGGCGGCCGCCGCCGCCGCCGCCGCCGCGGCCGCCCACAUGUGCUACGACCCUGCCUCCCUCAGCCUGCCCCUGGGCUCCGACAGACCCGCCGCCGGCCAGGCGCCCAUGGAGAGCCAUUCCUACGGGCUUCACCUGGCCAAAAGACCAGCCACCUUAGCCUUCUCACCGCUCGGCCUCAACGCAGCCACCUCCAGCCUCAUGGGCGAGAGCAGCGGCGGCGGCGGCGGCGGCGGAGGCGGCGGCGGCGGCGGAGGAGGCAGCGGCCUCCCAUCCCCGCCCAGCCGGAGCUCCUCGUCCGGGGAAGGCACCUGCGCCGUCUGCGGGGACAAUGCCGCCUGCCAGCACUACGGGGUACGGACGUGCGAGGGCUGCAAGGGCUUUUUCAAGAGAACAGUACAGAAAAAUGCAAAAUAUGUUUGUCUGGCAAAUAAAAACUGUCCAGUGGACAAGAGACGUCGUAACAGAUGCCAAUACUGCCGGUUUCAGAAGUGUCUCAGCGUUGGCAUGGUUAAAGAAGUUGUCCGUACCGACAGCCUGAAAGGCAGAAGAGGUCGGCUGCCUUCCAAACCAAAGAGCCCCUUACAGCAGGAACCCUCUCAGCCCUCCCCGCCUUCUCCUCCCAUCAGCAUGAUGAACGCCCUCGUACGAGCUUUAACCGACUCCACGCCCAGGGAGCUUGACUAUUCAAGAUACUGUUCCACUGAUCAGGCUGCUGCAGGCACAGAUGCAGAACAUGUACAACAGUUCUAUAAUCUUCUGACUGCCUCCAUUGACAUAACUAGAGGCUGGGCAGAAAAAAUCCCAGGAUUUACUGACCUCCCAAAAGAAGAUCAGACAUUACUCAUAGAAUCAGCUUUUUUGGAGCUGUUUGUACUAAGACUCUCCAUCAGGUCUGAUACUGCUGAGGAUAAGUUUGUAUUCUGCAAUGGACUUGUGCUGCAUAGACUUCAGUGCCUUCGUGGAUUUGGGGAGUGGCUCGACUCUAUUAAAGACUUUUCCUUAAACUUAAAGAGCCUUAACCUUGAUAUCCCAGCCUUAGCAAGUUUAUCAGCUCUAACUAUGAUUACAGAACGACAUGGAUUAAAAGAACCAAAGAAAGUGGAAGAGCUAUGCAACAAGAUCACAAGCAGUUUGAAAGAUCACUUAACUUUCAGUUGCCAAAACAAAGGACAACCGCUCGAGUCUGCAGAGCCGAAGGUACUGGGUGUUCUGGCUGACUUGCGUUCUCUCUGCACACUGGGACUGCAGCGCAUCUUUUACCUGAAACUGGAAGAUUUGGUGCCAGCCCCUUCCAUUAUCGACAGGCUGUUUCUGGACACCUUACCCUUCUGAGUCAAACCACCCUCCUGAAAGGCAAACGCCCACCAGAGCAGGCAAAUGGAUCGUGACUUAACAGCUAACAUUUUUCUGCCCUCACUUAACAGAAAAGCAGCUCCAGGUCUGAAAUGAGGUCUUUUCUGGCGCUUUGUCCUUACAACCUGAGGCCUGAACCUUACUGGCUUACUGGUUUGGGGUUGUGUUCUUUGUUUUCUUUUGUGUGAUUUGGGUUUUUUAAAUGGCUAAUAUGGCACUUUUGGACAAUGCUAUCCCAGCAGCAGUAAAAGGUUAACAUGACUGUUUUAAAUCUGUUGUUUAACACCUCAUGGUACAUGAGGAAUAAAAUUGUAGAAGCUGUGUUUGAGAACAAGAACAGCAAAUAGUUGUUUGCCAGGGUAGUAUGUGUUUUGUGAGGAUACCUUUAGCAUACUUCCUGCAUCAAGGGCACAUACAUCAGCACAAUCUAAACAAAAAUUCACUUUUUUUAGCAAAGUACAUUCAAUUGAACAUUUCAUACAAAUCAAAUAUAGCAAAAUGACAAUGGCUGUUAGCUCCCAUGUUCAAGUGCAAUUUUUUAAAGUGCUGUCUUACUAAGUCUCGUUUAUUAACUAAUUUAUUUUACUAUGAAAACAAACGGAAGAAAUCAAGUGAGAAAAUUACAUGCACUAACUUACCUGACAGAGUUUUCCAAACUUGAUUCCAUGUAGCGCGACUUAUUGACAAAUGUAUGUGGAAGACACGGGAGCAAUUGUGACACAGUUGUUCCUUAGCUAAGGAAAUCCGAGUAAGUAGUGAUUGGAGCAUACAGGGUCAGCAUCAGGGAUAGUUCGGGUUUAGACUUCUAACACAAGCGACUAGUUAGUAAACAGACGGAAGAUGGUUUUCAAGAACAAGCAAGUCUUGUAAAAUAGUAUGAAUGUAAGUGCUAGGAAGGAUAUAGUGGGCUGCGUUUAAACAUUCCGUGUUCGUACUCCUUUUUGUAUGUUUAUACUGUUGAUGCCAUAUUAAUAUGAAAUAAUUUGUUGCAUAGUGUCUUUAUUUGUAUAAAUGUUUGUAUGCAUGGUAUAUUGUAAUGGCUUUGCCUGUAUUUAUUGCAAUGACUGCCAGCUCAUGGGAGCCCUGUUACACAUGAUAACUAAAUGGGGUGUUCACACUGACUCAGAUACACCAGUUGGAAAACUAUAUACAUAUAUAUAAUGUGUAUAUAUAUAUAUGUAUAUACCUAUAUUUGUGUGCGUGUGUGUGUGCGCGUGUCUUUUUAUUAACCAUUUGUAUAUAAAAUAUCUGUCAAAUCACAAGCAGAGUUAUUUUACAGUUUAUUUGCAGUGACUUCGAAGGCAGUACUGUUUAGCACUUUGAUAUUAAAAUCUUGCUCAUGUUUUGCUAAAUUCAAAUAAUAUUUAAAAAGUUUAGUUCUAAAAAACUUUAUAUGCACUGUAUUAAGUCAAAAUUUUGUUGGUCAUUUUGCUAAGGAAAUUUUUGAAUGUCAACCUGAUGUCACUGUAUCUUUUGUUAGCUUUAAACAUUCUAGCUUUUGUCUUUUUUUAAACUAUGCUGUUUAUAUGGAAAUUAAAUUAUACAAUCAAACAGAUGCCAAAUGAAUUGCCUAAUUGCUGCAAAGGAUAACCCAGAUAUCGAGUCACUGUAUGGUUUUCAAAUAGUAAUCUGGUAUUUUAUCACUUACUAUGUUUGGAUGUGCUUUUAUGAAAAAAUUAUUCUUAUAUCAAGAUUUAUAGUAGUGUCAAUAGGGAAACAGACUUCUAAUCACUAUAGUUAAUAUUUCCGGUUUACCUGCAGAUAAUAUUUGGAAAAGUAUUGCUUUUUGUAUUGACUUUUAAGCUUAUGUGCAAACAUAAUAGCAUAAUUAAAUAUCAGAGAAGCUAAUGUUUCUUGUAGGUUGCUGUAACAAGCCUGACCAGCAAGACAAAUAUAUUUUGACUGAACUCGCUUUUGUAUAUACUAAAUAUAUAUAUAUACGUAUAUAUAUAUAUAUACACUCACACACAUGUGCGCAUACAAAAACAUACAAACACAAAAUCCAAAAGUAUGUUUACUUUUGUCUCCUUGUGUAAGACACAAGGUCCCUUGAGAAAUGACUUUUAUCUAGGGACAAAUCCUGCCAGGUGCUGAGCACCAACCAGAUGAGGGCUUGCAGGCGCUUCUUGCGAGUGGGCCCUUACAAAGAAUUUUCAGGCGAAUCAGCAUAGUCCAGUAAAAUUGCUUUUUUGUUGAGCAAGGUUUAUUUAUUAAGUGGAAUGUGAGUGGGAGGUAGCAGGUCCAGAGCCCCGUGUGAGAUUUCACGUAGCCAGUGUCCUCCAGUCUUCCAUAGAUAGUCUUAACUGUGAUACUCUCCCAAAUCCCGUCAUCUGUGGAAUUGUCCUUCAUGUCAACUUCAAUACACAGAUUCAUCCUAGAGUACAACCAGUGACAGGUCACAGUGGUAAAAGAAAGAGUUAACGCAGAAUAAAUCUCCUACUUUUCGUAGAGCUCUCUCAGUGUGAACAUGCCUUUGUCUAGGCAGAAUUCAGGAAUAUAUCAGGUGUUAAGGGAGAGUGCCUUGCUUUUAUUUCAGACAACAAUGUUUCAAGAGUUUCUUCACUCCGCUAACCGCAGUACUUUUUUUCUUUUUCUUUUUUCUUUCUUUUUUUUUUUUUUUUGUGGUGUUAACCUGUGGGUUGAAAGAAAUGCUCUUGUACAUAUACAAUGUAAAUUAAAAUUAUUAAAUUGAAUAACAUUUUU